GGGAGACAGCAGGCAGCAGGUUCAGGCUUUCUCUUCACAGCUCCUGGCAGCAAUCCUGGACUCCAUGAGGAAGCAGGAGAUGCGGAUGGGCGGGGAGGCUGGCCAGGGCCAUGGUGCUGGCUCCCCGGCAGAGCAGGUGAAAGCCCUCAUGGACCUGCUGGCCGGGAAAGGCUGUCAGGGCUCCCAGGCCCCACAGACCCCUGACAGGACACCUGACUCUCCACGGGGGCCUCAUGGCAAUGACUCGCGGAUACAGAGACACCAAGAGGCCCUUCUGAGCAGGGCAGGAGGCAGCCUGGAGCUGGGUGGCCCCUCACCCAGGCUAACCAACCUCCUGCUAGUGGAAGGCCUGAUGGACUUGCAGCUGAGGGAACACGACUUCACCCAGGUGGAGGCCACACGUGGGGCCUGGCGCUCAGCUAGGACCAUCACCCUGAACAGGCUCUUCCUGCCUCUGUCGCGGGUGUCCAUCCCGCCCCGCAUCUCCAUCACCAUCGGGGUGGCUGGUGUGGGCAAGACCACCCUGGUGAGGCACUUUGUCUGCCUCUGGGCCCGGGGGCAGAUUGGCAAGGACUUCUCCCUGGUGCUGCCUUUGACGUUCCGGGAUCUCAACACCCAUGAAAAGCUGUCCGCAGACAGACUCAUUCGCUCCAUCUUCCCACACGUCGGGGAGUCUGGCCUGGAAGUGGCAGCCCUGGCCAAAGUGCUCCUUAUCCUGGACGGCCUGGAUGAGUGUAAGACUCCUCUGGACUUCUCCAACACCGUGGCCUGCACAGACCCCAAGAAGGAGAUCCAGGUGGACCACCUGAUCACCAACAUCAUCCGGGGCAACCUCUUCCCGGAAGUUUCUGUCUGGGUCACCUCCCGUCCCAGCGCAGCUGGCCAGAUCCCAGGGGGCCUGGUGGACCGGAUGACUGAGAUCCGGGGCUUUAAUGGAGAGGAGAUCAAAGUGUGUCUGGAGCAGAUGUUCCCUGAGGACCAGGUCCUCUUGGACUGGGUCCUGAGCCAGGUUCGGGCCCACAGGGCCCUGUACCUGAUGUGCACCGUCCCAGCCUUCUGCCGGCUGGCGGGGUUAGCCCUGGGCCACUUGUGCCGCCACAGGCAGGGGCCCCAGGACACAGAGCUGUGGCCUCCAAGGACCCUGUGCGAGCUCUACUCUUGCUACUUCCGGAUGGCCCUGGGCGGGGAGGGGCAGGAGAAGGGCAAGGUGAGCCCUCGCAUUGAGCAGCUGGCCCACGGUGGCCGCAGGAUGGUGGGGACGCUGGGCCGGAUGGCCUUCCAUGGGCUGGUCAAGAAGAAGUACGUGUUCUAUGAGCCGGACCUGAAGGCGUUUGGUGUGGACCUUGCUCUGCUGCAGAGCACCGUGUGCAGCUACUUCCUGCAGCGGGAGGAGACCCUGGCCUCCUCGGCAGCCUACUGCUUCACCCACUUGUCUCUGCAGGAGUUCCUGGGGGCUGCGUACUACUACAGCGCGUCCAAGAGGGCCAUCUUCGACCUCUUCACGGAGGGCGGUGUGUCCUGGCCUCGGCUGGGCUUCCUCACGCAUUUCAGGAGUGCGGCCCAGCGGGCCAUGCAGGCUGAGGACGGACGGCUGGAUGUGUUCCUUCGCUUCCUCUGCGGCCUCUUAUCUCCAAGGGUCAAUGACCUAUUGGCGGGCUCCCUGUUGGCCCCGGGCGAGCAGCAGGGCUCCCGGGCGCAGGUGGCCCAGCUCCUGCAGGGCUGCCUACAGCCCAACACGGUGGUCUGUGCCCGGGCAGUCAAUGUGCUGCACUGCUUGCACGAGCUGCAGCACACAGAGCUGGCCCGCAGUGUGGAGGAGGCCAUGGAGAGCGGGGGCCUGGCCAGGCUGACCGGCCCCCCGCACCGGGCUGCCCUGGCCUACCUUCUGCAGGUGUCCGAUGCCUGCGCCCAGGAGGCCAACCUGUCCCUGAGCCUCAGUCAGGGUGUCCUCCAGAGCCUGUUGCCCCAGCUGCUCUACUGCCGGAGUCUGAGGCUGGACACCAACCAGUUCCAGGACCCCGUGAUGGAGCUGCUGGGCAGUGUACUGAGUGGAAAGGACUGUCGCAUUCAGAGAAUCAGCUUGGCUGAGAACCAGAUCAGUAACAAAGGGGCCAAAGCUCUGGCCAGAUCCCUCCUUGUCAACAGAAGUCUGACUUCUCUAGACCUCCGCUGUAACUCUAUUGGACCUCAAGGGGCCAAGGCGUUGGCAGAUGCUCUGAAGAUUAACCGCACCCUGGCCUCUCUGAGCCUCCAGAGUAACAGGAUCAGGGACGAUGGUGCCAAGUUCAUGGCUGAGGCUUUGGCAGCCAACCGGACCCUCUCCGUGAUGCACCUGCAGAAGAAUACCAUCGGGCCCAUGGGAGCCCAGCACAUGGCAGAUGCCCUGAAGCAGAACAGGAGUCUGAAGGAGCUCAUGUUCUCCAGUAACAGCAUUGGCGAUGGAGGUGCCAAGGCCCUGGCUGAGGCCCUGAAGGUGAACCAGGGCCUGGAGAGUCUGGACCUGCAGAGCAAUUCCAUCAGUGACACCGGAGUGGCAGCGCUGAUGGGGGCCCUCUGCGCCAACCGAGCCCUCCUCAGCCUCAACCUUCGGGAAAACUCCAUCAGCCCAGAGGGAGCCCAGGAUCUGGCUCGAGCUCUCUGCACCAACAGCACCCUGAAGAACCUGGACCUGACAGCCAACCUCCUCCAUGACCAGGGUGCCCAGGCCAUCGCAAUGGCAGUGAGAGAAAACCACACCCUCAUGUCCCUUCACCUGCAGUGGAACUUCAUCCAGGCCGGCGCCGCCAAGGCCCUGGGACAAGCACUACAGUUCAACAAGAGCCUGAUCAGCCUCGAUUUACAGGAGAACGCCAUCGGGGACGAAGGCGCCUGUGCAGUGGCCAGUGCGCUGAAGGCAAACACAGCCCUCACUGCUCUCUAUCUCCAGGUGGCCUCCAUUGGUGCGCGGGGGGCUCAGGCACUGGGGGAGGCCCUGGCUGUGAACAGAACCUUGGAGAUUCUCGAUUUAAGAGGAAACGCCAUUGGGGUGGCUGGAGCCAAAGCCCUGGCAAAUGCUCUGAAGGUCAACUCAAGCCUCCGAAGACUCAAUCUUCAAGAGAAUUCCUUGGGGAUGGAUGGGAUGAUAUGCAUUGCCACUGCACUGUCUGGAAACCAUGGGAUCCAGCAUAUCAAUCUCCAGGGAAAUCACAUUGGGGAAUCAGGUGCCAGAAUGAUCUCAGAAACUAUCAAGACAAAUGCUCCCUCAUGCACUGUUGAAAUGUGA